AUGACAAAGUCAUCAAAGAAAAGCUCGCGAUCUCAAUCGGAAGCUCCAAAAUGUUGUGAUCCAAGUAAAGAUAUAUCAACAGUGGAUUGUUAUCAUGGUCUACUGCCUCGCGCUGAUAUAGUUAAUAUGCUGAAAGAGAACGGUGACUACCUUGUACGAUCAACUGAGCCUGUGGUAGGCGAAUCCAGAAAGUAUGUGGUCUCUUGUAUGAAAGAUCAAAACUUGGAAGAAGCUGGGAUAAAACACUUGAUCUUACAUAAUAUCAACAGCAAAUGGAUUGGAGGAAAGAAAAGCUUCGAAACUAUUUUUGAUUUGGUUUCCUACUACCAUGGCAAAGAUAUUCCAUUGGCUUCGGCGAGCAGUGAAGUAUAUUUGAAAAGAGCUAUAAAGAGGCAAAGUUGGGAGCUAAAUCCGAAUGAUAUUCGUCUGACUAAGAAGUUAGGAGAAGGAAAUUUCGGUGAAGUUCACGAGGGUAUCUUCAUGUUGCAAAACAUGAAAAUUCCGGUAGCUGUUAAGUUAGCUAAACUAGAACAGUUGAACAAGGAGCAAAUAAAUGAAAUCAUGACCGAAGCUCGACUUAUGAGAGAUCUCAUGCAUGAGAAUGUUGUUGAUUUUUAUGGAGUUUGUGCUGUUCAAGAGCCACUGAUGUUAGUGAUGGGAUUAGCUACUCAUGGAUCGUUAGAGAAGUACCUUAAGGAAAACGAUGUACGGCUAUCAACUAAAGAUGAAAUUGCUCUUCAAGCUGGGUGGGGAGUGGAAUACCUACAUAAUAUCGGGAUUCUUCACCGAGAUUUGGCAUGCCGAAAUUGCUUGUAUGGAGAUGGAAAGGUGAAAAUUGCCGACUUUGGAUUAUCAACAUACGGAGCCAGUUAUCAAAUGGACCCUCACAAGGCUGCUCCUAUCAAAGCAUUGUCACCAGAAGCGAUUUCAACCCUUAUUUAUACUACUAAAUCAGAAGUAUGGGCUUACGGAGUAAUGUGCUGGCAGAUUUAUAUGAAUGCCGAAGAACCUUACACUGGCAUGACUCAUAAACAAUAUGUUCCAAUGAUCAAAGAAGGACACAAACUGUCAUUUCCUGGAGAUGCUAAUAUUCAUAUAGCCAAGCUCAUCAAUGAUAGAUGCUGGGCUUUCAGCCCAAAUGAUAGACUAGAUAUGAGACUGUUAGUUAAACACAUGCACAGGCUAGUUCCACACGCUCGGUUACCCAAAGCAGUGGAACGGCCGAAGUAUCAGUGA